GCUCAACCUCCACAGGAAGAGCCGCAACAUCUGCUACUAGAGAAGCAGUCUGCAGAAGUAGAGGCACUCAGCGAAGCGGGCUCAGCAGCCGAACAAGAAGAGUACCUUGCUGAAGAAGCACACGCACUACAAGAGGCACGACAAGAGUACGAGGAAGAACAACUUUCCCAUGGAGGACAGCCUCCGGUAGUUCCGGCUGAACAGCAACAUCAACAAGAGGACGAUGGCUGGGGGUCAUCCAAUAUUAGAAAGACCGCUGUUGUAAAGAGUAAG